AUGUCUCAAUUAAGUAAACCAAAAAGACCACAUACUAAUGCAAGUCUAGCAUGUAAAAAUUGUCGAGCGAGUCACCGAAGAUGCGAAAGACUUUCUAAAGAGGACAUAUGUGCAUACUGUAAAAACCACAGGCUUCAUUGUACUUAUACCUGGGGUAAAAAACGCGGGCCAAAGCCUAGAUUUCCUAAUUUUCAAUCUCCUCUCAAUAUUAAAUUUCGUAAAACCAAUAUUGAAGAAUCCCAAUUUUCUUCACAUCUUUAUAACAAUAUCAUUACAAUACCCUUUUUUAAAACUACUGAUGCGUUUAUUGAUCAAAAAUUUGCACCAAAUAAUCAAAAUAUCACACCCACUAACUCUUAUGAAACUACUACCGAAGAAUUUCAAGCCUCCUAUUUAAACUUUGAAACCGCACAUACUUGUACUAUUGGAACUACUGAGGAGUUCGUUGACCUAGGGCUAGUGUUAAAUAAUCAAAAUACCACGCCAAUUUACUUUUAUGAUAUUGCUACUGAAGAAUUCCAAUUCCCUUCAUCAAAUUUUGAAAAUUUAUAUCCUUAUGAUGGUGUUAGAACUACUGAAGUAUUUAUUGAUCAAGAACAAGCUCCAAAUAAUUCCUUAUGA